AUGACAACUCCCGAUGGAGCCGCGAAGGAGACGUCCGUUCCGCCGGAAGGCGAGGAAUCUUUCGAAACCCUCAAAUAUCAGCUGUUGGGACCUUCCUUGACAAAGGCAGGUCAAGAUACAGUUGAUCAGCAAAAAGUGUCUGAAAUCAUCUACAAUGCCUCGAAGGGGUCGAAAUACUUCGAUCACGAACAGGAACGUGAUCGAAAUCUUACCGUCAAGAUCCAGCGCAUCCUCAAGGAAAAAGCCAGACUAGAGAAGCUAGAUCUCUCGCACGAUUUACGCCGGGCAGAUGAGUACCUCGCGAGCCUUGAGCUAGGCCGCGAUCUCUCCCAGUACAUCAUCCAUGUAGACUGUGAUGCGUUCUUCGCAGCAGUGGAAGAACUAGAUCGUCCGGAACUCAAGACGGUCCCUAUGGCUGUUGGCAAAGGUGUAUUGACGACAUGCAACUACGAGGCCCGAAAAUUUGGAGUUCGAAGUGGCAUGGCGUCGUUUGUGGCACUGAAAUUGUGCCCACAGUUGAUUCUCAUUUCAUCGAACUACGAGAAAUAUACCGCCAAGGCGAAGGAGAUUCGUGAAAUUCUGGCCCAUUACGAUCCGCUCUUUGAGAGCGCCAGCAUCGACGAGGCGUAUUUGAACAUUACCGCGUACUGUUCAGAGAAUGAGCUGAGUCCAGACGAGGCCGUGGAGCGCAUGCGAGAGGAGAUAUUGGAAAAGACCAAAGUCUCGGUAUCCGCCGGCAUUGCUGCGAACGCGAAACUGGCCAAGAUUUGUUCAAACAAAAACAAACCAAACGGACAAUAUCAAAUUCCCAAUGACCGAACAGCUAUUAUGAGCUUCAUGCGAGAUUUACCAGUGCGCAAGGUUAAUGGUGUCGGUCGGGUGUUUGAGCGAGAACUGGACUCCAUCGGCAUCAAGACAUGUGGUGACAUCUACCCUCAGCGUGCAUUGUUGACGGGACUGUUCGGUGAGAAGGCCUUUCAGUUUCUCGCACAGUGUUAUUUGGGUCUCGGGCGGACCAAAAUCGAGCCAGUGGAAACACAUGAACGCAAAAGUGUGGGCACGGAAACCACCUUUCAUGCGAUCGAUGGUAAAGAAGAGAUCCGGGAAAAGCUUCAAUGGGCCGCGGAUGAGCUCGAGAAGGACCUGGAGCGAACCCAAUUCAAGGGUCGAACAUUGUGCUUAAAAGUCAAGCUUCAUACCUUUGAAGUUCUCACCCGCCAAACCUCGCCUCCCCGGCCUGUGAACCGGGCGAAGGACUUGUACACUUAUGCUCUCCCUAUGCUGGUGAAGCUCGAAAAAGAAAUCCCAGCGAUGAAGCUGCGACUGCUAGGUUUGCGAGUGACCAACUUGGUCAGCACGAAGAAGUCUGGGAUCAACUUCUUUGGAGUGACGACUGUUCCAAAGAGCAAUCAGGUGGAGAGCGUCGAGCCUCUGAAUAAUGCCCAAGAAAUUGGCGCCGAAGAAGCAUUCGAGAACGCCGCUCGUCAAGAGCAAGAAGAUGAAAUGAACGACAUCGAGCAGCUCAGUCAAGAUGCAGGUUCUCAUGUUAGGCCUCCUUCUCGUGACCGGAAGGCCGAUCAUGUCACCGCCAUUGGUGAGUCUAUUGCGAACGACUCGUCUCUUUCACCCUCUACUGCAGAGCUCUGGGAGUGCCCGGUCUGUAGUCGUCCUCAGGUCGCGGACAAUCGAGUCUUCAACGACCACGUAGAUUUCUGUCUUUCAAGACAAACCAUCCGUGAAGCAGCUCAAGAUUCAGCGUCGGAAGAGCUGACCGUGCCGUCUGGCAAGAAGCGCAAAUCGUCGGCUCAGUCGUUGUCCGCAGAGGCUGAUUCUCGACAAAGAAGACUUUUCUUCAGUUGA